AACUCGCCAACAAAUUUUACAGACUCAUCAGAUGAAGAACACCUAAGAGACUGAGGGCCAGCACUCCAAGGAUGGAGAAGACAGAUGAGAUCUCCCCGUCGACCAGCCUUAAAUCCAUAAUGAAAAAGAAAGACUAUGGCUUCCGUGCAGGAGGUAAUGGGACCAAAAAGAACCUUCAGUUUGUUGGGGUUAACGGUGGCUAUGAGACCACCUCGAGUGAGGAGACCAGCGGUGAGGACAGCUCCCCAGAAGACUUGUCUGACAGCGAGGCUGAGAAGAAGUGUGAUGGUCCAGAGCACAGGCGGGCCAAAUUGGCCCAUCCCAGCUGUGGAGCUGGGCAGGGCGUCCCCGAGGGCACACACUAUGCAAGCCAAGACAGGGAGCCCGGGGAAGAAGUCCUGCAUACCAAGGCUGAGAGAUAUAAACCCUCAGAAGAAUUUCUUAAUGCAUGUCGGGCAUUGAGCCAACAUCUGCCGGAAACCGGGACCAUCACCGACCAACUCUUGAGGCAAAGCUUGAACACCAUCAGCCAGGAGUGGUUCCGCAUCUCCAGCCGCAAGUCAUCCAGCCCCGCCGUGGUGGCUGCCUACCUGCUCACGGUCCAGCCCCUCUCCCCAUGUGUCCUGAAGCUGCUCAUCAACCUGGCCGACCGCAAUGGGAACACGGCCCUUCACUACAGCGUGUCCCACUCCAAUUUCGCCAUCGCGAAGCUGCUGCUGGAGACAGGCAUCUGCAACGUGGACCAUCAGAACAAAGCUGGCUAUACUGCCGUGAUGAUCACUCCCUUGGCUUCUGCAGAGACCGAUGAAGACAUGGCUGUUGUCUGGAAGCUCCUAAGAGAAGGAAAUGUGAAUAUCCAAGCUACUCAGGGAGGCCAGACCGCGCUCAUGCUGGGAGUCAGCCACGACAGGCAGGACAUGGUGCAAGCGCUGCUGAGCUGCCAGGCGGAUGUCAACCUGCAGGACCACGAUGGAUCCUCGGCUCUCAUGCUGGCCUGUCGCCACGGCAACGCCGACCUGGUGCGGCUGCUCCUGGCACACCCAGCCUGCGACAGCAGCCUGACUGACAAGGCUGGCCGCACCGCUUUGUCCAUGGUUCUGAAGACACCUACCCAUAUGGAAAUCGCAGGGCUUCUGCGGGCCCACACGGAGCAGGGCAGGUCCCUGGGGCAGUAGUGACUGCAGAAGAACAGGCACCCAGAACAAAAGACUGCUUCUCUGGACUCCUCCCUCGCCCCUGGAGAGGGCAGGGGUCACAGCCAAAGGGCCACCCCUCAAGAGAGGAAACUAUGUCAGAUAUGCACAUACAUUCCUGUAGUGAAAUUCUGCUCAUUAGGAUGCUUUGUAGUUUUAGCCUUAGGCCAAGCCUGGAGACCACUGAGGGCUUCCAGUGGGUUCAAGGCACAAGGUGUGAGGUGCACUGGUGUCAUCCAACCAUCUGAAACACCUUCAGCCUUGAACUUCUGGUGACUCUACCCUCUGUACAACUGGGCAGGCAGGAGCACAUUAACACAUUAGCAAAGCAAUACUUUUUACAUGGAAUUUUAAAGUGCACUGUCUUUUGGUUCAUUUCAUAAAGUCUGUACAAGUAUGUCCCAUUGAAUAUGCAUGUCUAGAGGUGGGAGGGGGAUUUAAGCCACCCCCUGAUCGUCAAUCUCUGGAGGGUCCUAGGAGAAUCACCAUGCAGACAAACAAGCCCCAUUUGGGACCUUUUUCUAGACAGGGUUGACAGGGAAAUGAUAUCUUAAAUUCAGACGAGGCAGGAAGAAACACAUGGGCGUCAAUGCCAGAUGUGUAGUCUUGACCAUUUCUGAGCCAUCAAGUGGCUCCAGGGAAAUUGGAAUUAAUUAGGAUUAAUUAAUUAGAUUAACUAAUUCAGUCCAAUGGCACACACCACAUGUAUCCAGGCAGAGUCCAGUGACAUCAGCUUCUCCGAACCUGGGGAGAGACGAAUGAGCUGGAGUGCACUUCCUCCAGGGGUGGGGUAGCGUCACCUGAAAGCCACCACAUUUCCUCCGUAGCCAUCUCCAUGGCCUCUUGAUCAUCCCAGUGCAUCCCCUUGUAGCCCCUGUGAGCAAACACCAGCUCUAAGGUUUUCCGAGGCUCCUGGCUGCAGAACUUCCGGCGGGGCUGCAGCAGGACCAUAGGAGCACCUGGAGAGGGCAGGGCAAUUCUUUCUGAAGCUCCCAUAUCCCCUGGGCCUGCACGAGCAUGGUUCAUAUUCGGUAGCUCACGUAAGGUUAUCUGAAUGUGUUCUUUCUUCAAAUCCCUUAUGAACAAAAAGCCCCCCUUAUGUGCAAAGUAGAGGCGGUCAACGUCUGAUGAGCUUCUCGUUGGAAACUCAAGAGUUGGAGUUGUCGUUCUGGCUGGGAUGCUGAUUUGCUGGGUGCCCCCUGGGUGAAGCCUCUUUGGGCUCCAGUUUCAUCAUCUCUAAAAACAGAAAUCAUCAUACAACAUACCUCCUGGGAGGAGGGCUGCACCAGGAGCCGCUGAUGGAAGGUUUGGAAUCCAAUUUGUAACCCAUUAAGGCUGUCUACAGAAACGAUGUAUGCACCGCCUAUGCCAUUGCGAUUCGUAUGCGAGACUCGUGUCCCAGGUCACCGUGACAUAUGUUGAUGCUGCUCAGAGGUGGAGCGACUGGAACAAAUAAUGAGCUAACAAUGCUUUAAAUGGGUUUUUUUUUUUUAACCUCAAAGCACAUUGUAAAAGCAAAAGCCUCCAUUAAUAAAUGUUAUAGCCCCGUGCUUUGCAAACAUCUAUACAAAUCACUUGGGUCUUGUUAGAGAGCAUCAGGUCUGGGGCAAGGCCUGAGGCUGUAUUUCUAACCUGCUCCCAGGAGCUGCUGAUGCCAUUGGUCCCACCCACACUCCCAGUAGCGAGGCUCUGGCCUGUCCUUACUGUUUGUAUAUUAAAA